UUAUCCAGUUAUUGUUACUGCCACGCUUGUAUGCGUUAGCGUUAAAUCGGAUUAGGCUGCCUCAAUUUAGAUUACAGUGCAGCACACGAAAUUUGGGUGGAUUUCGGAUAACGAAAUGUAUAGUGAACGUUAGAUCCGAAUUUGUGGUAUCAUUAAUCUGUGCCGGUUAACAAUAUUUAGUAAUCCGUGGUUUGUGUAUUUCGCGUAAGAGCUGUGAAGUAUAGUGUAAUUAUGGUGGAGUUGGAAUGUAGUUAAGUAGCACAAGAAUACCAAAAAUGAACGGGGUGUCCUCCGUUCUGUCACGAAAAUGGGAUCAAGAAUACGGGACAAUGUAAAGCACUUGUUUCAGUGCUUCUGUGAAGUUGUUGGUCAGCAAUCACCAGACAAGGAAGCAUGGAUAAUUCAAAAAUUUCCAGAAAGCUACAGAGAUGAAGAGGUUUUGAAAUCUGUCCCAAAGUUUGCGUAUCCGUGUGAUUUUCCAAACACCAUUGUUCAGCACUACUCCUUUGUGUUGACAAGCAUUGAUUCCAAAUGGACCUUUGGAUUCUGCCGUCAUGAUCCAAAAACCGAAACAGCCCUUGUGCUGCUGAGUUACCUGCCAUGGCAUGAAUCAUUUUAUAAGUUGCUUAAUCAUAUAGCAGAAAUAAACUACAGUUCCAAGUCAGAUGAGCUGUGGAAGUUUCUGGAAUCUGUAUAUAACAGCAGUGUUCCAGACGCAGGCAGAACACUCCAGAUUCCUUUCAAUAAUGGUCGAGAUACCUUCGUGUGUCCAUGCCCAAAUCAAUUUCAGUUGCCCAGCAUCCCUGAAAAUCGCAAUCUUACAGAGUAUUACAAUGCUGUUGAUGGUCAUAAUAUGAUGGUCAUUUUUGCAUCUAUGUUGUAUGAGCGACGUAUAAUUUUCACUUCAAAGAAAUUGUACCGUCUGAGUGCCUGUGUUCAGUCUGCAAAUUCUAUCAUCUAUCCCAUGAAUUGGCAGCAUAUCUUCAUUCCAGUAUUACCAAUGGCUCUCAUGGACUAUUUGCUUGCACCCAUGCCUUAUCUUAUUGGUGUUCCUGAAGUCAUAUAUCAGCGUGUAAGGAAGGCAGAUCUUGGAGAUGUUGUGGUGUUGGAUGCAGACAGCAACAAGGUUGAGACUCCCUUCCAAGAUCUGGAGAGUCUUCCACUAGAUGUAGUAACUUCCUUGAGACGUCAGCUUCGAAAUCGUGCUGCUCUCUUGGGAGAUGGAGUAUCUCGAGCAUUUCUUAGAGCUCUGGUCCAACUGAUUGGAGGAUACCGAGAUGCUCUGAAAUUUCAUCAGGGACAAAAAAUCACAUUCAGCCCUGAUGCUUUCAUUGAGUCUCGUCCUUCUAGUAUGCAGCCUUUUCUGCGUAAAAUGCUGCAGCUUCAGAUCUUCCAGCAGUUUAUUGAAGACAGACUUGAAAUGUUGAAUAAUGGACUUGGAUUUUCUGAUGAGUUUGAAAUGGAAGCUUGUAACUAUUCAGACAAGUCAAGCUCAAAACUGAAGCAGCAGUACAAAGAGUGGGCAUAUACCAUGCGGAAAGAAGGGAGUGCAUUCUUCAAAACUAUGAAAAACAAGGCAAAUCCUGCAAUGAAGUCAGCAGUAAAAUCUGUCAAGGAACGUGGUAAAGAUGUCCGAACUGCAUACAAAGGUAUUCGCUCAAAAUUACGUGACAUGCAGCCUCGUGAAGGGCUCGGCUCCAGGGAAGAUGGAUUGAAUGAAAGUAGCAAAGGAGACAAACCUCGAUCGGCACCCACAUCUCCAAUAAACAGGAGAAGACCACAAACAUUUGCUGGUCCUAAAGCCACUGCAGCAGCUUCUUUUCGCAAGGAUCCUUUGCUGCAGAGAAAAAACACAGUCACUACCAACAGAUCCAGACCCUACAGUCCUUUGAGUCCCUCCUCAGAUCCAGGUUCACCUGACGUGUUAGGUAAGUCAUGUACUGACACUCCAGGGCUGCAACUGUCUCCCCUUGACAUGGACUUGAUGGGAGACCUUCAAGAUGUCAUUUUCAGGAAGUGUUCUUCAAUACUGGACACAGAAGAAACCAAAUCUCCGCCAAUUGAUAGAACGUUGAAACCUGUCUGCAGUUUAGAGAGCUUCAAGCAUUCUGGUGAUAACUGGUGGUCACCCCCCUCACAGUCCCCUAGACUUGGAGCUCCUAUGUCCUCUCCCACUCUUGCAUCCAACAGUGGCUAUGACUUGUUUGGCUCCACUCCGUUUGUUGUGGGUGGUGGUGGGAGUGUGGAUGGAGACCCAGUGUUUGUAGUGGCUUCCCCCUCCUCCGUAGAUCUUGUAAGGUUACCACCUCCACAGUCACAUGGCAGUAAG